AAAGGGUUUACACCAGCUGCCCCAGUUCAUACCAACAGAGAAGAUGCAGCUACCCAGACGAAUUUGGGGUUUAUUCAUGCAUUUGUUGCUGCCAUAUCAGUCAUCAUAGUAUCUGAGCUUGGUGACAAGACAUUUUUCAUAGCAGCCAUUAUGGCGAUGCGUUAUAACCGACUGACUGUGCUGGCUGGUGCCAUGCUUGCCUUGGCCUUGAUGACAUGCUUGUCAGUUUUGUUUGGCUAUGCCACAACAGUCAUCCCCAGGGUGUAUACCUACUAUGUUUCAACUGCACUCUUCGCCAUUUUUGGCAUUAGAAUGCUUCGGGAAGGUUUGAAGAUGAGCCCAGAUGAGGGUCAGGAGGAGCUGGAAGAAGUUCAAGCAGAGUUAAAGAAGAAGGAUGAAGAAUUCCAACGAACCAAACUCUUAAAUGGACCCGAUGUUGAAACUGGUACAAGCACAACGAUACCUCAGAAAAAGUGGUUGCAUUUUAUUUCACCCAUUUUUGUUCAAGCUCUCACAUUAACAUUCUUGGCAGAAUGGGGCGAUCGCUCUCAACUCACUACUAUUGUUCUGGCAGCUAGAGAGGAUCCCUAUGGUGUAGCAGUGGGUGGAACAGUGGGACAUUGCUUAUGCACUGGAUUGGCAGUAAUUGGAGGAAGGAUGAUAGCGCAAAAAAUAUCUGUUAGAACAGUGACAAUCAUAGGAGGCAUCGUAUUUUUGGCGUUUGCAUUUUCUGCACUAUUUAUAAGCCCAGAUUCUGGUUUUUAAAAAGCCGUUCAUCUGUAUUCAGCUUAAGAUAUGCAACUUUCUGUACAUAGUGUACAUUACAACUAAAAGUAAUGGAAAAUACUGUAUUUUGUAGUAUUAAUUUGUAAGUUUGACCCAUUUAAUCAAGUAUCAUGUCCAAAACAGAUAAUCAUUGAUUCUAUUUGUAAAAAAUUUUAAAAGAAAGUCUGACUUAUGAGUUUUUCUCUAGCCUAAUUAUGGUAACACUUCAGCCCCUACUUUGACAUGUGUUAUCCAUUGCAGUGGGACUGACUGCUUGAAUUUUCUUGCAGCAUGACCCUUUUAUAAAUACAUUUUCUCCUUGGCCACUAUGGUGUUUAUAUGUAUCUCUUAAACAUUUCCUUGGGGAAAAGAAUGAAUUUUUUCUACUUUUAAAACCGUGUUCCUGAGCCAGUAAUCAGUAGUUUUAUCUUGUCUUUUGGGAAUUAGCAUUAAAGAGAGAAAUAAGGUUUUACUGUUAUAUCAAUAACAUGCCAUAAGAGUUGUUGGCUAGGUCCGUUCUCCCUUUUAUUUUAUUUUUUUAAUUGGGUAGGACACCCAAUAUAAAAAUAGUCAAUAUUUGACAACACGGACUUACCAAAUUAAGAGAGAAUACUAUGAAUGUAUUCCUAUUUUUUCUAUAUUGAAUAAACAAUGUAACAGAUAUGUAAAUAAAAGUGGUAUGACUAGUA